GUUAAACUGUAACCGUUCAGAGCUGAAGCUCGUCUUACACCGUGAUAAAAAGAAAGGGCAACGAACCGAGAACACACUAGUCUUAAAAUUACAACGAACAGGUAAAAAGAAGGAACGUUUUUGUCCAAUACAAAGGUUGGUGGAGGAGGGAAAAAAACGAAGAAGUGAGCGUCGUGGGAGGGCGGGCCACCUGUGACGGCAAAUGAGUGUGGAGGAGCUUCAGUCCCGCUGUCAGAGCUGCGUGUUAUUCAGUGGGUGUUAGUGAGUAUCAGUGUAUCACAGGCGUGUAAAGUCCACUUGGAUUAUUAGGAAACGUACACGGUCGUACCUUCGAGGGGUUUGAACUGCAGGUAAGACACUUGACACUCGCUUUUUGUAGAAAUAAUGCUCAUAACAGCGGGUUUAUUCAUGAUAUUUGUGUUACAUUUUGUUACCUUUAUUUUAUUCUGACUCAAGAGUUGUAGCGUUGUCAAAAAUACUCAGAAUAAUUGUCAGUUUUCUGGUGGUAUUGUCAUUACACCCUCUUUAAAAUGUGUCUUAUAUCAUAUGUCUAAACUGGGUACUCCCUCUUUUAGAGUAACCCUGUUCAGACUAAAGUGAGGCAACAUUUGACAUUAUAAAUGGCUGUUGUUUGUUGAUUGCUGCAUUUAAAACACCAUUAUGUUCCUCUCUGCCUCAUUACACUGCAUUAUAACUCAUGUUCAUUGGUGAACUGAAUUUCAAGCCGUCAGGUAUCAACAAGGGAUGUGGACUAGCUGCUUAACAUGCAGAGUAAAAGGUGCAGCUGGUGAUUCAUGGUAUGAAAAACAUAUGGCAAUGUGCCAACCAAACAGGUCUGAUUAGAGUAAAUCAUCUGUAAACACACACCAGUGAUGUUGAAGGUGCCUAAAGAGAGUGAUUGACUUGAUAAAAAGGGUAAUCAGCCAUCUCCUGUCCAAGCUGAUGGUCUUAGUAACUGUGAUCUGAUCAUUAGACAUGGAGACAAACCUGGUGAACACACUCAUGGACGUGCAUCUUUAAAAGGUUGAUGUUGAAAUGUGAUGAUUUAACAGAAAACAGUUUUCUUGUUUCACAGCUUCAACUCAUACCUUAUUCAAAUGCUGUUUUUUAUAUUCAUGUUUAUUCUUUAAUAAUGGUUAACCAAUGCUUCUUGGUUUGAAAGACUCAAUACUCAGCUGCAGCCUCACUCCAAAGCAGCAUUCGUAGUACAUCUUGACAAUAACAUGGAGCUCAGAAAAAUAGCCCAUCUUAUCAGUAAAAAAAUAUGAACUCAUAUCAGAAAAUGUAUCCCCCUUUGCUUUUUAAUAUAGUGUAGGUUUGCACAUCACUUCGAACGAAUGCCUGUUUCCCCUUUUCCUGAAAAACUCUCAACCGAAUUGGCAAAUUUGCAUAUUACAUAAAGAUUAUUUGACGCUUCAAUCAUCCCAAAAUUGGACGGGAGGUAUUUGUGUAACAGUUUUCUAGAUUGUGAUUCUCAAUUUUAUAUUUUCAAGGAUUCAAUAAAGUGUACUUUCAUUCCAGAGCAUUUAAGUACAUUAUAGAGAGCAAAAUUGGGUACUAAGUGGGGGUAGACCAAUUACUGGCCUCUGCUAUUCAUCAGGGUCAAUAUUUCCCCCGCUUAAUGUUCGUCUCACAACUCUGUCUGAUUGGCUAGAUGACAUGCAAAAGUGUUGGCGUUCAAAGCUUUGACUUCAGUCAUUCAACAAACCAGAGAAACAGAGUAAUGAUCACUCAAAGGUGUGAAGUUUGGGGGGGAAAGGGAUAUCAAUAUUUAUAAGUACCUUUCAGCAUGGUGGAGGAAGCUGGCUUUUGCAGUCUAAUGAUGUACUUGGAUUGGCAGUGGUAUCAGUAUCAGUGUGUGGUAUCAAUAUUGGACAAAAUAAGUGUGAAAUUAUCAGCAUGUUGGAUAGGAAAGAUCCAAAAAUCCCUACCAAAGCCUGUAGGAUUACACAGAUGUAUCAGUUCUCAUCAGUAUCAGCUAAUAUUGGCUCUACUGAUGAAGACAGAACAUUGGCAAAUAAUGUGCCAUGAACUGAUCGUAGUUGGUGUGUAUCUGUUGUGUUGCAUCAGUGUGAUGCUGCUAUGCUAGUAUACCUGAAGAGGUUUCUUAUUGGGCUUGAGAACCCACCUGUUGAACUAACUCUUGUGUAGAGCAUGCUGUUUUCAUGGUUAAUGUAGGAGUUUAGGAGUACUGCACUGUCUCCCUUUGCAAGUCAUGUUUGUAGUGAUGUUUUGAGAGGAGGGACUUACAGUAAUGCAUCAAAUAUCAAAGCUCAUUUGAAAAACAGAGACAAAAAACAGACCACAUUUGUGCUGGUAUCAUUGGGACUUCCUAUUCUGAGAUCUUUAUCAGAACAAUUGGUCUGAAUGUCCCCCUUAGACCCACGAAACCACGUGGAUUUUUGCCUUUAGACCCUGAUCCAUCACAUGUUUGGACUGCUAUUUAUUAAAGGGAGAGUACAGAAUGAAAAGAUUUGCACAAAUAGCACAAAUAAACCGUGUUAUUUAAAUUAUAAAGGAUGGUAAAAGACAAAUUAGCGCUUUGACAAUACACGGUUUUGUCUCUUUUGUCCUUUUUUGUCACCAAAACAGUGUGAAAAGUCCAAACAGCCCAGUGUUGUGCUCACAAAAAAGUGAUUGUAAAGUAUAAAGCUACAGUAUUGGGAGCAAACAGAGUUCAGUUCAGUUUGCUUCCUUUAGUCUGUCUGUCAGACAAGAGUGUUUAAAUGCAGUCUGUCUCACUGUUGAAGCACAGCUCAAUGGCUUUGACUGUAAUCUUCUCUAUCUUUUGUCACAAAAGCACACUCUAACUCUAAAACAGAGAGUUUUGUUUUAUUUUUCAGUCCUCUGGGACAAUUGUUGUCUGUUGAUGGAGCUGUCACUGCACUGCUCCGGUCUCUUCUAUUCAGGAAGGUCUGUAGACACUUAAUAAUUGCCUGAUAAAAUCUAUUUCCGUGAAUGAAUGUCAGGGGACCGAGAGCCCGCAGAGAUUCGGAGGAUGACAGAUUGGAAAGUUUAGUUGGUGUGGGUAAUGGCACUGUUUCCUCUGGGUCAUUUUGCUUCCAACAUGUCUCUAUUUUACAUUUUCUCUAAGUUUUUACUGGGGUGCUCACCGGCCAAUUAACUAUUGAUGGCUUCUGCAUUCAGGGGUUUCUUAGAGCAAGUCUGGAUAAUGGUUUUUAGAUGACAGAGUAUUGGAAAUGUCACCACUAUCUCCUUCUUGCUCAGUGCUCCUGGAUAUCUUGACAAUAUUCACCAUUUUUUUCCCUAUUCUCUCUUGUAUUUUGUAUUUCCAUACUCUCUCCUCAAUGGACUCCUCUUCCUGCCAGGAUUAUAAAACCACCCUGGUUGCUUAUUGUGUAGUAUAGAUGAUGAGCAACUUGUUGCACCUCUUCCACCUUUUAAUGGGGAGCUCAGACAGGCCAGGAGGGAAAUUGAAACUCUCUGGCAGUAUUUGACCUGGCUCAGGAGGGGAAACAUAUCCUGUAGGAGAAUGUGUGACUGAAUAAUUUGUAUCCCUGAUGGAUAUUUUGCCGUACAAGGAGCAAGACCAAGCUGUAAUGACUUAGAGAAAAAGUGGUGAACACAAGCAAGAAAGUCAGCCACAUCUCUGGAUCUCAUGAGGCAGCCGCCCUGCUUUCACUGCUCCCAGGAUAUUUCUCCACCACUGGAAGAUCAUCAUUUGGCUCUGCAUCACAUUUCCAAAGAUUGAUUUCCAUCCGUCUAGCCUUUGGCUUUAUUUCACUCUGGCAGAGGGAGCAGGGACCUGAAAUCCAUCACUGUGAAUGUUUUUGUCAAACUUACCUUUAUCUCCAGCUUCCUUUCUGUCCAAGUAAUACAUUUACCACUAGGAACAUGUUCAACAGUAAUCCUUCUCAGACUGAAGUCAAACAUUACGAGUCUACACAAAGACAUAGCAAACAGUAAUAAAACACCUUUUCUUAGAUUGGUACAAAGUCGAUUUAGUUUAAUGAAAUGUUUAAAAAAAUAAAGCCUAAUGUGACAUCCUCAUAAUGCUUGUUUGCCGAACAAAGCAGUAUCAGAGCAACAGAUGUAAUAGCAGCGAAGAUUUGCAUUUGAUUAAUCUGCUGAACUUCUCACUCAGUCAGUUUGAGUUGAAAAAAAAUAUAAAUGAAAACAACAAAACAUUAUUUUCCAGGACCUUUUGUGUUGACUCAUCCUUCUUAUUGACUGCAAGACUUCUGGCAGUCAGCACAGAUUCAUUAGCAUAACAGACCUGGCUCACAAGUUCAUUAAUGUGCAAUUGUUAUGAAAGAUAAAGAGGGAAAAUGUCAGAUAGGUCCCAACUACAUUUUAUCUGUACCAUCUGUCCUUCUCAUAUCUCUCUGCUUAGAUGGUAUCACAGGAAGGUUAUAGCUUAUGGUUGUGCCUGCAGAGGAAGGUGAAUCAAUAUAAAGUUAAAUCUAAAAAAUCAGAAAUGAUGUUUAAAAAUAUGUAUGGACUAAUGAUCCGUUUAAGUAUUUAACAAACAAUUACUCAAUAACAAAGUAUUAUCAGUUUCAUUUUUCAGAAUUAUGUGACAAAAAGUUGUCGGGACUCAUUCAUUCAUUUUCUACCACUUAUUCCCGUUGGGGGUCACGGGGGGGCUGGAGCCUAUCCCAGCAUCUUCAGGCGAAGGCAGGGGCCACCCUGAAUUCACCGAUAUUAUCAGAAAUAAGAAUGCGGAGAAUAAGAUUUCGGUUUGACUUCGAAUAAUUCCGCCGUUUGAAAAGUUCCCCGACUUAUCCUGGGGGGGUUGAAAACGCUUUUCUGGUCCGAGUUUUAUCAGUCGGUCUUCCUGUCAGCAUGAGGAGCAGUAGCCUACAGUAUAUCUACAGUAUAUAGUAUACUGUACUGUAGAUAUCUACAGUAUAUAUUUAUUUUUUACAACUUCAUAAAAAAAUUUAAAAAAUCAGCCGAUUAAUCAGUAAUCAGAUUUUUCCCCCCUAAUAAUCAGUAUCAGCAUCGGCCCCAAAAAAAUCCAUAUCGGUCGGGCCCUAAUGCCGAUAUCACAUUGUUAUAUAUUUUUUGCAUUUGACAAAAUACAACGAUUAAAACCAACAAAUAAGAAACAAAAGCUGCUGAAUAUAAGCGAAGUGUUAAAUAAUUGUUGAUUGGAAAAUAUUUUGCUUAGUAAUAGAAUAGUACAGAAAGGAAUUUUGGAUGUUUGUUGACAACUUAAAACAUCAAAAAAUUAAUACAAAUCUGAGAUAUUUCAAAAAGCCAUACAUAGAUCCAUUAUUUAAAGCACAUUUAUGUUCAGUAUUCUCUAGAUCAGUGCUGUACAGGAAGCCUUUCCUACUGUGGUCUAAUCUUUGUCAGUGUAAGUUUAGUUAUUAUCACAGUCAUUAACUUCUCACAGUGUCAGCAUCAUGCAGGUUAAACUGUGGGGAGUAAACACACAGCACUUACAGUGUUCCCUACAGUAGAAAUCACAGUUGCCAGAGGAUCUCUCUCCUCUCCACACCUGGAUGCUGCUGCAGUGAUUUUCUGUUACAUUACGUAGCCUUCAGGCCAGCCGUUGUCAUGGUGUCAGCCCUGAGGGACUGCCGGGACUAAAGAGGGUCAGUCAGGAAACACUUUUCUGCUCUUUUUUAAUAUUGUUGCAUCCGUGUGUGUGUGUGUGUGUGUGUGUGUGUGUGUGUGUGUGUGUGUGUGUGUGUGUGUGUGUGUGUGUGUGUGUGUGUGUGUGUGUGUGCACUGAAGGCAGAUAGAAAAGGCUGGAUCCCCCCAGACAUUCAGUAUCUUAGGGUGCUAGAGGCAUGUUUUAGUAAAGUAAAAGAACAAUGACUAGAAAAGCAUCUUAAAGACGGAGAGAGGCGGAGAGAAGAAGUGAGAGAGAUGAGAAACUGAGCGAAAGAGUAAAUGAGAGAUGGGUGAGGAAAAGGAGAGAGGGAGAGAUAGAAAUAGAGCGAUGGAGAGAGAGUGAGAGCAGGAGGAGUAAAUGAAAAAGAAGAGAGUGAGGAGAAGGAGAGAGAAAAAGAGGGGCAAAAAAGAGAGAGAAAAGAGAUAGUAAAGAGGGAUAAAUUAAAAAAUGGAGUGUGAGCAAGAAAAAAGAGAAACUGGUAGAUGGGCAAAAAUUGAGAAUGAGACAGAAAAAAAGAGGAGAAAGAAAGAAAGGUGAUAGUGAGUUACAGAGAGAUAUAAGGAGAAAAAGAGGAGGAGUAAGAAAGACAGAAUAAGAGAAAGUCAAGGAAGAGAAAAGGAGGGAGAGUGAACAUAAAAGAGAAAAGAAAGAGAAUAAGGCGAUAGAGGCAUGAGAAAUAAAAGGUGGGAGUGAAAAGGGUGAGAAAAAGAGAAAUGGAGAGAGAAAGAAAAAGAUGAAGAGCAAGAGAAAGAAGGACAGCUGAGAAGAAAAAAACAGAGGUAGAGACAGAAUGAGAGAAAGGAGGAGGCAAAUGAGAGAGAAAAAAGGAGAAAAAGGAGAAAAAGUGUAUGAGAGGGAGGAAAAGAUAAGAAAGGAGAGAAGGAAAGAAAUAAAAAGUCAGAAAGAGAGAGAGUUAAAGAGAGAAGAUAAGAGAGAGGAGAAAAAGGAAAGAGGAUGAGAGAAAGGAGGAAAGUAAGAAACCAACUGAAAGAUAGAAAAACAGAUUUUAAAGAAAAGUCACAGCAAGAGAGAAGGAUGAUUAAAAAGAGAGAGAAAUAUGAAAAGACAGUGAAGAGAUGUCACCAUUCCUCCUGAUCAAAUGGAGCAAGAGUGAUGGUGCUGCACAGUCGGUGUCCCCCUCUGUUGUUGGUGUGUGCACUGCUGCAUGUGAUGGUGACACAAACACAUCACCCCUCCCCUCCCCUCCUCUCCACAUCUCUUUCCCCCUCUCCUCCAAAAUGAGGGUCUUUUUCUGUCUGCACAACAUUUGCAUUCACAUCUCAUCACCGCACACUCAUUUUUCAGAUGAUCAUAUUUCACCGUCUCUUCUCCCUCUGCUUCUUGGAUUUGGUUCCUCUCAGGUACGUCCGCUGUUUAAACUGGCCUCGCACCUCAUCCGCUCGGAUUGCUCCACAUGGACGUUUAAUCCCAGCGUGUUUGCUCGUGGUAGCGGCACGUCGCUCUGUUUGACAGCCAUUGUUUGGUUAAUGAUAUUUUCAGCUGUGUGUGUUUGGACUCAGCAGCUGCAGAUGUUGCAACAGAGAGAGGCGGCCGUUGAUCUACAAAAGCCUGCGAUAUUCUUUUGGAGUCAAAGCACUUUGUGUGUCUUUCAUAUCUCUGUCGUCAUCCUUGUGAAAUCAUCUGUAUCAGCUUUUCGAGUUUGUCUGAACCGUGAUGUUUAACUUUGUCAGUGCUCUUAACUCCGUCCUCUGACUUAUAAGGUCAAAUUUUGUGUUCCUUCACUCGUACCACUGCUUCUAAUAUUGAUGUUUCUGUGUUUUGAUUUCAGGUUCCUCACUCUCCCGAACAGAAGUUUGAAAAAGCCUCCCUGGGUUUGUGAAGGAGUGUGUUUGCAGGAGUGUUGGUGAGACUUGAAUAUGUUCGUGUGAGUGCUUCACACGCCUCUACACUCCGGUCACAGGAGAAAACUUGCCCUGCGAGGCCCCUUGGUGGAGAUGCAUAGAGCAAGACCCUCUGCUGCGCGGCUCUUGCUGCUGAGCUGCUGCUUGUGCGCUACAGCUGGCUACUCGUUCAGGCCGCCCUCGGACCUAGAUGUGACUCCACGUAUUACAGUGCUGAGCAGCGGUAAGAACAAACAAACACAAACACACACAGGUGGAGAUUUUGUCCGGUUUACAGAGAGAGAUGGCAUUUGUGUUUGCUCAUGUACAGGCUGUCCUCCUAGCUACAGUUCCUGGAUGAAGCAUGCUUUUUGCUGUCAAUGAUUUUACCUUAAAGGGAUAUUCCGGCGUAAAAUUAAUUUAGGGUCAAACACACCUUAACACCGAGCUAGACACCCCUUUGAGAGAUGAAUGUUGCCAACCGCUUGCUUCUUUAGUUAUACCAACUUUAGUAACGACCGCACGAGAGCAAUACACAGCGGUCUGAGGAUCCAUAAACAAACCUCAACCAAAUAAUCAUUUCUUAAUCAUUUCCUUGAAGUAAUAAUCACCAUAUUAAUCAUUCUGUACUGUAGACGUGGUAGCUCUUCUGCCUUAGCGUCUCGGUCUGAUUGUAUUUCCAUGAAGAAAUGAUCAUAAAUGUUCUUCCUUGAGCUGCGUCACCCCGCUGUAGUCCGUAAUGGACUGGCCCGAGGUCUCGCUACAAACAAGUGGCUGCUGGAAGAGAGUAGGUGAGUUGUGUUUAGUUAAAAAGAUUUUUGGUGGCUUAUGCUGUGGCUGGGACCCUAUAUGUACUGUUGAUGAAGUUAGGUGCUGUUCUGAGCAUUAUUUGUGGCUAUAGAGUGGCGUUUUGGUUGAAGUUUGUUUAUGGCUCCUCAGACCGCUGUGUAUUGCUAUCCUGCGGUCAUUACCAAAGUUAGUAUAACUGGAGAAGCAAGUGGUCGGCAACAUUCAUCUCUCGAGGGAUGUCUAACUCUGUGUUACGGUGUGUUUGACCCUAAAUUAAUUUUACGCAGGAAUAUCCCUUAAACCUCUAAAAAGACUCCCCCUGAGCAACAGAAAGAUGGAAAAAUCUAAAAAUAUCUUCAACAACCUUCCUAAGAGAAUAAAUAAAUACUUAAAGUAGUUGGAUUGAAAGUAUUUAUGAGUUUGUUGGACACCCACAGUGAUCCGGCUGCAGCAGAAUCCAUGCGUGCGUCCUCUCAUCCGGAGGUGUGUGUUGUGUACGCAUGUACAGCUCUGUAACUUCAUAUAUAAUUUAAAUCUGCAAACAUGGAUCUGCUGGACAGGGUCAGUCAGGAUCAUCAAGUAUUGUGUUUUCUACACACACAAAAGGGUCCCCACAGUCAGUUCAGGUUCAUGCAGUCAAUAGUUCAGAGUGAAAAAUUCACUCGUCUGUAAUAAAUAGUAUUAUUGAUAAUAAAGACUCGACUCAGACUUGGACAAUGAUGAAAAACUUGACUCUGACACGUUUGAAUUCUUCCCUUGUGACCUGAACUUGAACAUCGAGGACUCAAGGCUCGACUCAGACUUGAGGUUUUGUGCCUCGACUACAACAAUGAAUUGACCUUGCUGACUUCAGACCAGUAGAUCUCUUAUUUUAGCUCUGCAGGGGCCACCUUCCUCCUCUUGUCCUUGUUUAUAAGUUUCUGAACACUUUUAAAACAGUUUCUGGAGGAGAAAACUUUCAGAGUUUAUGAAAUCUCUUGAACAUCACGUUAUUUUUGUGACACCUUAAGAUUACUCUUACCAGAGUGUUAGAUGCAGAGCUUCACCCUUGAUCUCUUAUCGUUGUGUUGCUGUUGUUGCUUUUCUCUAAAUUUUGUUUUCAGCUUUUGGACAGUUUUGAAACGUUAAAAGUUUAAAACCACAUUUUUUUACAAUAAACAGUUCUUCUGUUUAAUAUCGAAGAUAGAAAAACUUUUGACUUUGAACUCUGAACAGUUUUUUUUUUUCCCGAUGUAAUACAUGAACAUGCCUCUCGGUAGUUUUCAGUCAUGUAGUGUUCUGACAGCUCCUGGGCUGUUUUGACAGCAAAGAAUCUGAUAGCAAAGGUGAACUUUUCAGGCCUUCAGUUUUUACUGUCCAACUUUCAACAUGAGGAUCAAGAAUGACGUUUGUGGUGAUAUAUCACAUCUAAGGUUGGAUUAUUCGCUGUAUUUUCAGGCAGAGAAACAAGUUUUAAAGCUAAAUUGUUGUUCGAUGAUUGUUGGUGGGUUCUUAGAUUGCUUUACAGUGUUGUAUUUUCCUUCAUACAGCCAAAGCCCGCUGAAAUCUUACUGGACGAUUCUCCUCAGCCUACAAACAAAAACCAGAACACUUCCAAACACGCCUCAAACUCUGCAUCUUCUCUUUUGCAGAAUCUGAAAAUAGAGAUCAAAUCCAGAACAGCGAACCUCUUGUUAUAGUCUUUCAGAUGCAACCGUCUUUCUCUUUUCGUCCUUCAGUUUUCUUCAUUUCCGUUCCUCCUAUUCCUGACACAUCUCCAACUUGCACAAACACCUGCUCUCUUCAGGGAAUUCAUUCACCUGCCUCCUCUGCAAACCAUUUUUAACCCUUUUUUCAUUUCAAACUGUUGUUAUUAUUAUCCCUUUACUUUGUGUGAGUGAUGGCAUGCAGCCUGAGGUGCUUACAGAGUCAGUGGUAGAUGAGUGAAGUGCUUACACUCGGAUCCUUGCUGAGCAUCUAGGGAAACUGACGUGACUGUAGGUAGAUAGAGGAGGCACUGUAACCAUGACAACUGUUGUGGUAUGGCGCAAUACUGCUGUAUACUGUAUCUUUCUUUUGUGUUCACGUGUGGGCAGGUGUGUGUGUGUGUGUGUGUGUGUGUGUGUGUGUGUGUGUGUGUGUGUGUGUGUGUCUUCUCAAGGCUGUUAUCUGAUCCUGGACUUUCAUUUGUUCAUGUAAGGCCUCAGUGCGAAAGGAGUCUCUUCACAGCUUCACACUAAGGCCUGUUUGUAGAGUAACAUCUCGCAUUUUCUUUUAUUUUCAUUGAAAAGAUUUGCUUUUGUUCGGAGUGCACGUGUUGUACAGUGUUUUUCUAAUGCGCAAGAGUGCAUACAUGUGCUCCAGUGUGGCUCCAAACCCUCAGUGUGAACAAGAAGAAUACAGAGUGUGCGUAUAAAAGACUAAAUAUUCAAAUUAGGAGGAUCAAUUAACUUUCUAAGUUCAUACAAAAUACAAAAACAUGAAUAAAUACAACUAUGGAUAAAAAACUGACUAAGGUAAUAAUGAUAACUGAAUGAUGACCGCUCAAACCAGUACCAUAGGUAAUUAAAGUAUUUAUACAACGGAAUGAUGGAGAUGAAAAAGCUAGUAAACAAACACCAAAACAGAUAAUGACCUAGGGAUGGGCGAUAAAUUAUCGUUCAGGAUAUAUCGUCAGAAAAAUCCUCCAUUAUUAAUUUUUGCCAUCUCAUGAUAAAUACGAUAAAUGCAAGUUGAUGACGUAAGCGCGAGCGACAGACUCUCAGCCAUAUCCCACACAGAGCAGAAUAACAAACAAAUAUGGCCGAAGAGAAUGAAGAAGACGUUUCUGAGCAGCUCGUUUCUAAAUGAGGCUCCACAUCAUGGAUUUCCUUCAAGAUUGGGACUUAGAUGAACACAAUCACGUUUGCCUAACAUCGGACAGUGGAUCUGCUGCUGUUCACUCUGCAAUAAGAGUUUUCAACAAAUGUUGAAAAUGUUUUCACAUUUAAGACAUGUUUGAUGUCGUUAGUUUUCCUCAGAACCUACCACUCAAACUUGUGGUUAAGUAUCUUACUGGACUACUCCAACUGGUGUUCUCAAGACAAAAUGAGUCAAAAAUAUAGAUUGGAAUUAUAACAUUUUUUAUUGGGACUUUUAUCGUUAUUGCAGAAUAGCAAAUCUUAUCGUUAUCAUUUUUUUAGCCCAUAUUGCCCAUCCCUAUAAUGAACACACACAAAAUGCACAUACACUAACCUGACACACCGGACAGACUCUUUAAAAUAUCCACGGUAUGCUAUAUAUCUCACAUCUACUGUGGCAACACCCAGGAGAUCAUGGCUGUGAAAGCGCAGACCGCACGAAAGUGUCGCUGCCAAAGAGAAAACUAUAUAGAGCAAAUUUAAGAGACUCUAAGCCUCUCUCUAUGUUAGCUGUUAGCUUCAAUCAAUUCACCUUAGUAUUAUGUUUUUUUGUUUUACAGUUUUUAAAUCAAUUUUUAUGUUCAAAAACUUUUCUUUUUUUUUUAAAUUUAAGACUAAAUCUUAAAAACUGACUGACAUGUGAUAUGUAUUUUGGGGGAAAUAUGGUUCCUGGAAUAGUCAGUAGACAAUCAUUCAACUGUUUCACUGGUGUUAAAAAUGCAGAUUUAAAGUCAAGAAAAUUGACAGUAUCAUAGAAUCGCAAUUUGAAUCGAAUCGGCAUCCAAAAAAUCGUAGAAGAAUCGAAUUGGAAGAAAAGCAUAUCGUCCCAGCCUGACUGACAUUUCAGUUUAAAGAUGAUCGUCUAACAUGGAAUUACACAUUAAAUAAUUGUUGGCUUACCUUUUAUACGCAAUAUGAACUUUAGUUACACCAAUCUCCUCGAAGUAUUCAUAUUAUACAUCUGGAAAGCAUUUUAUUAUUAUUGUGAUUAUUGUUGUUGUCACAUAAGGAGUUGCAAUCUCAAUUUAAAGACGCAGGAAUAUCUAAAAGCUUCAUCAGCUUUGACUUGGCAGAGGUGAGGACAGUGCAGCUGUUGGUCAGGUGGUACAGCUACAGCCUCAACCCCACCUCUUUCUCUGGUUUCUACCUGCCAAAGGUUACUUGGAGUCAGGAUUUGCUUUACCGUCUCUAGUUUGCGGCCAUCUAGCUCUAAAGAGAGCAAAAGAUGUUGAGAGAGGAUCUUCAUUCCUAUCAGGGGUUUCAGGUUUCCCACCCUUUUUUUUUAAAAAACGGUUAUCUUUCUCACAGUACGUCACCUACUUAACCUCAUUAUCCAUCUUCUCUCCUCUUGCUGUGAUCCCCUCUUGAUACUUUUAUCUCAGUUUCUGUAAGUCAGCAUUCUGAGCUAAAGCCAGCCCACAGGUCCUCCUACACACCUCCUCGCCUGCACCCCGUCGCUCUCUCAUCCCAUCCCCCGUCCUCCACCAUCCAUCUCUCCACCGCUGCGCUAAAGCUCUGUCUCCUCUACUCAAUUUGUUCUUCAUUAGUUUGUGCUUUUCCCGGCCUCUCUGCCCUCGUUUCAUACUGUUACCUUGUCCUAACUCUGGGUUUUGUUUCCCUUAGCCUUCCUCCCUCUGAUGAGAAGACUUCGAUAUGCAAACUUACAGCUAAUCCCUUUAAUCUUUGUGUUUCUUAGCAACCUAAAAGCAAAGCCUCCGAACCUGUGUGGGGUAGUUCAAUCACACAUGCAUGCCCAAAAGGAAAGUCAAACACACACCGACACACACACCGACACACACACCUGUGUUUUUUCUGUGUUCUUUGCAACGUCAUAUCUUCCAAAAUUGAGGUCAAAGCUUUUGUGGGAGAGAGGUCAUGGAAAGGGCUGACGUUAUUACUGAUGCUCUGUGUAUCCUAGAAAAGAAAGAAUGCUCAGUGACAAAACUGGAAUAUUUUACUUAGCGAUUUUUAAUGUAGAUGUUUUAAAUGAAAAGAGAGAGAGAAAGAGUACAUUUAAAAAGGUAUUUGUUUAUAUUUUCGACAGCAAAGAUUUACAGUAAGUGAUAAAAAUUUGAUUUAGAGAAACUGUUGUAGUUAUUUUUGAACAAGACAUACGUCACUAAGACAUGACCGUGUUUUACACAGCCUGCGUAGAAACCUACUGUUUAUCAAACUGUAGGUUAAAAAUUUAAAGCGGAUGGUGCUUGAGUUCAUUUUAAAUGUCCUUUUUCACGUAUAGGAUGUUUGUGUGGUUUCUUGGGUCAGUCAUUUUUUGGUAGCCAAUUUUUAAGUUGGCUGCUAGAGUUAAGCUCUGGAAGAAAGUGGUACCAGCCUGCCAGCAUUUAGCAUUGCAUUCAUAGACAGCCAACUUUAUUUAUCGCCCACAUUUCAGUAACAAGGGAACUCAAAGUGCUUAACACGAGACAUUUAAAGCAUCAUGACAGAGAGAGAAAGAAGCAGAUUUUAAGAGGGCUUCAAAAACGAUUAAAAGGAGCCAUUAAAAAACCAAGAGAGGAUGAAACAGGAGCUACAAUAUGACAGGAAAUUAUAAAGAAAAAGUGUCUGUUAAUAAAGCUUCAGUUAGGAACUCUUAGUUUGUGUUAAUAUUAUGUCUAAAAAUGUAUAAACAUCGCUGUUUCUUUCCCACUGAGCAUUUUUUGGUCUAAAAGAGGUCUAAUAAACGUCUAAAUGUAGCCUAGACGACAGGUUUAAAAACGAACGUUUUUUAGACGUCUAAAUUGAGACCAAGUUUAGACCAAGUCUAAAUCUGGGCUAUAUCUAUAAUACACUGUAUAUGGCUCAAUGGCUAUUAUAAUUAUUUUGGUUAAGUAAUUGGAGAUUAGUUGUGCAAAGCUUUUUGAAAUAGACAGUUAUCGAAUUAUGGGUUAAAGUGCAACGUCUAAACUCCAUAUAAAAAUAUGCAGAAUCUAGACGGUUGAAAUUAGGUAUAAAAAAAAAAAGAAACUAGAUGUCCAACAUCCUUUUUUUGCUCAGUGGGUUAGCUCCUGGGCUGACACCUUCCCCCUCACACCGGUUUCAGACACUAAAAAUUACAAUUUAAUAGUCAUCAAUCUUGACAUUUACAUUGUAUUUGCUUUUGUUCACCCUGAAAGAGCAUCUUAAGGAAUUAUAGUGUUUUAUUUUCAUGUCGAAAAACUCCUCAUAGGAGCUUUAAGAUAGUAAAGAGAAUGUAGAUAAGUGAUGAACAAAUAGGGUUUCUCUGCUAAAGAUGCAUGUUUUUACCUGUGUUACUGAAAACAAAGAAAUGUUUUUAUUUAAAGGGACAGCUGAAGAGAAACAGGUAUAGUGGGGUCUAGAGAGUAGGGGAAAACGUGCAGCAAACAGUCAUGGCCAGGAUUUGAACCAACAGCCCUGCGAAGAGUUCAGUAGCUUCUCCAUGUGGGGCCCAUACUUGAACUGCCAGACCAGCAGCCUGUCAUUUGUUCCCAUGCUAACGCUGUACACUAAUUGUCACACGGUCUUUGUUGUAUCUGGAGCCAACAUGAGAUCAGCAGCGCCCACACAGUUGAGACACUGUCUUGUUAUCAUCACCUAUUGCCGAGAUUUUAAAUAUAUGAAAUAACAACAACGCAUUUUACAUUUUCAAGCCAAAUUUUAAACAGGCUUUGGGUAUCUGUGUUGAGUUUUGACAUUCUGAAAGCUAACUAAACAAAGAGAGCAACCUGUCAGAACGAAUGAAAACUUGUGUAACAGCUCAACACCUUUUUCAGUACAUGCACUGAUUUCAACCUGUCAGGUAUUUUCAGAGUUCUGCCAGACUUCAAACAGUUGGAGUCGAUGGAUUCAACUUUAUUUAUUCAGGUCCUCCAGUCGGCUUGUUUGUGCGUCAGAAUACUCUGAACCGUAAACAGACCUGACGCUGGACUGUGAAUUUUUAAGUAAGGUUGUCACGUCACAGUCCAACGCCUGGAGGUUCAGCGAGUGUGCUCACAUGUGCAUGUCUGUGUGUGUGUGUGUUUGUCCCUGAACACUGUGUGCCGCACUGAUCAGCUGAGGUCCCUCCAAGUGUUUGCUCAGUAAAUAAUAUCAUCUGGGCUCCUCUCGCUGUCUCUUUCUCUUUUUCCUGCUGAAUGAAUCAAACGUGUCUCUCCUCUCUCUCGAUCAUGUAAUCGGAGGCUAAAUUGUGCUGGUCAAUAAAUCUCCCUCUGCUGCCUCACUCCCUCUGCGAGGUCGUCUUCAGUUACCUGUUUCCAGCUGUCAGACACUGUAUGUUUUAACGCUCAGAUUACACUGAGGAGACUCGGGAACUGUCUCUUUCUCUGACGUAUCGUCGUGCCUCACAAUGAAGCACGUAGAGGAAAAACUUAUGGUCCUGAAAAUCCCGUACAGCUGAUACUCUUCUUCCUCCUGCUGAGAAAGGAAAAGUAGACAACCUUGAUAACCCUGGAGCAGUGUGAGAUGGGAGCUGACUGCUGCCUCUGCUGCUGCUGCUGCUGAAGUGAGCAGAGUGGAUUGUGUUUUGCAGCAGCUGAUAGGAAUCUUAAUGACAGCUCUCUUGAUAACAUGCAGUCUGCGAAAGGGGAGAGAGGAUUGGCUGAGGACGGAGGAAGUCUGCUACUUUUCCUGUUUGGCCUUAUUGAGCUCCUGUACUCCUCAAUACUUACGAGAGGUGGCUGCUCGUCAAGUUUCUGCGAUUUUAGUGCCGCCGAUACUCCACCCAGAGUGAUAGUAAAACCUGCUCAGGAUUGCUCACAACAAUUAUUUUAAUUAGAUGUUAAAUUUAGGAGGCAGUUGUUUUUGUCCGCAUUGGAUGACGCUGUUUGUUGACAUUACACUGUGGAGAUGUUGUUGUGGUUAUGACUUGCCUGAGGGUUCUCCUUCACUGUUAUACGUGUGUGCGUGUCUAUCGACAGUGGUUUCAUAUUUACCCAAUCUUAGAGGAGGCCUGAUAGAUCGUAUGUUUGGAGCUUACGUAACUCCCCAGCAUCGCAUGUCUGCAGAGAGGGCAUGUCUUCUCAGUGUGUGGAUGUGCUGUACAGCGUGUCUCUUCUUUGCUUCGUUUAUAUCAUGUCUUGACAUAUAGAGACGUACCAAUACGGGUUGGAAAACUGUACUUAAAGAGGAGUCGAAGAAACAUUGAAAAACAGGAACUCCUAUUAAGUAGAAGUGGAUCUUAGAUAUCUGAUUUGUCGGGCCUCUUUUCAUUAUCAUCUUCCUGCUCAGCAAAGCCCUGAAGGAUAAGCCUAAUCCCUUGGCUUUUUGGUCCAUAAUAAAGUUGUUAUUUAAUUAUUCUUGUCCGCCCUUUUUUUAACAAAAUCUAAACGAGGAAAAAUGCUGAAAAUUCUCCGAUUUGAGGGCGUUAUAGCCACUGUUUGUUACACUCUUAGAAGUCAGACCUUUGAUUUACUCUGAUAUGUCCCACUCAUCAAAUGACACAUCAGAUGGCUUGUCAACUGUUGCUAUGCAACUUGCAACUUAGCAAGUUGUGCUUCAAGAGUGAAGAACUCGCAUUCAUUUCUGCACAUUGUGAGAUUUAAGGACCACUGCAUUGGGGGGGUGACAUAUUACACUGUUUGAGCCAAGGCAUACGCAGAAACGACCAGACUGGUAGAGCUGUUGGGUUGACGUAUACCUAGGGCUGGGUGAUAAACCGAAAAUUUACUGAUACAGAAAUUUACUACAAUAACCAAAGUCAUUUUGCCCCUAUUGGUAUAUUCGGUGUCAAAUAAAUACAUAGAUAAAAAUUGGUUUUGGAUGUGUGUCGGUAGGCUUUGGUCUCAUGUCCCUUUAAGACGCUGUCCUACAUCAGAGACGUGACUCCACCCCAUCCGGUCCAUAACAAAGAGGGAAAGACAGGUGAGGAGAUGGAGGACGGGUCAAAAGUUGUAGUGGCUGGAGCGGUGGCUGAAGUAGACGAAGUUAAUGUGGGAGGGGGUGAGCAGCUUGUGGAGUAGUUAUCAUCCAUUUAUCGUUAUCGAGGUGAACUGCUCAAUAUAUCGUGAUAUUGGUUUGAGGACAUAUCGCCCAGCCCUACAUAUACUUCCUCUGCUAACUAAGACAUGCAUUUAAAUUACAGAUACAAUUUUGCAAUUCCCUGAUUUUGUACAGAAUUACUGCGAUUCAUCAGUUUUAUGCAAGCUAGCCCUGAUUGGCUGUUUGACUCAGACCAUUACCUUAAUCUAACCACAGGUGCUCACAGAUCAGGCGCACUUUAAGGAUAGUGUUAGUUCAGGCAGGCCACACAGUUAAGCUCAGCCGGCAGUUAUCAGCUGAUCUUAAUUCCAGUCCAUGUGAGCAGACGUCUAGGCCUAUGAUGCAUUCGGUUUAUGAAUAGAAUGGGUGUUCUGAAUGAAAUCGACUGGAGGAAACUUUUUUGGAUUUGCUUACUGUAGCUUUAAAAGAUUGGUUAUUAAAUCCAAAAUUGCAAACCUACCUAAAAACGCCCUUUCUGAUUACAUUCAUGCUUUUUUUUCCAUUUGUAGUAAUUUAAAUCUUUAAUACUUCUUCUUGAACAGGCUGUGGGGAGUUGAAAAGAGAUUUUUUGUGCAGCGUCAGUACAGCAGAGUUCAAUAGAUGAAAUUUUCUUUCCGGGUCUAAAAAAAGAUUUAAAUCUGAAUCAAAGAGCACGGCCUCCUUACCACUUUGCUGAAACGUUCGACAAUAAUCCAGCAAGGAAUCCAUCACGGGGGAUGAAGAGAUUUCUAUCUCUCCCUUUAUCCUCGUACUGUCAGGUUUGAUUGGGGAAGUGCUCUCUCAUCUACUGUUAACAUGCUUCAUCCUGGGAGCAAUAACUUUAUGCACAUUUGGGGGCUUUUAUGGGAGACACUGAGAUUUGGUGCUUCUGUGUGAAUUAACACCAUUUUGGCUCUUUUUAAAUCCUUAACUUUUGUUUUAUUUUUUUUAUUUAACUCUUAAAAACCAGGUGAGAUAGCCAACAUCAGUGAGGAUGUGCAGUGUAGUGAUCAGAUCAGUGAUGCAAACUGAGAUGUGAGUUGAUUCCUGGGGUGUUUGAGAAAAUUUGAGUCCUAACAAAUGGGGUCUUAGUCCUGGAAAGUGUAAUUUGUCAGCACAAAGGUGUUCCCAUAGAGACAGAUGGUAAUCAAUAGGAGCGGAUGUGUCCAGGUGGUAAUGUGUGCAGCUUUAUGAAUAACAAUCAGGCUGUACCUGAGAGAGUGUACAACAACAACAAAGAAGGUUAAACUUGUCCUCAUGCUUUCGCCUCUUUUGUAUUCACACUGUGUCAUCUCUAAAAUUUCACCAUCCCUCUAUUAAAAAAAAAAGCCAAUUAUCCUGGAUGUCACAAUGCUGACUCAGCUGCUAAAAAACAUGUUUGCUGUAUGGAUGUGUGCGAUGAUUAUUUGCAGAGUUGCUAAAUGGAUAUGGCAGAGGAGGUUAAGAAGUACACCUCCAUUACUAACAUAUCCUCUCCUCUCCUCCCCUCCUCUCAGGUCUCCAGGGCUGCAGGCGUUUCCAGUCGUCUGCAGUCAACUACAGCACCAUGAUGCUGGAGGCUGACAGCAAGCGUCUCUACGUGGGGGCUCGGGGGGCCGUAUUCGCUCUUAAUGCCUCCGACAUCUCAGCCAGCUCUGCUCUCACUGUGAGUCUGUUUGUUUUCUGGGUUGCUGCGAGUCGUGUGCCUCCGCUGCCAUAAAUUUAACUCUGUCAGGGCUUCAUUUGCAUCACACAGCGCAGGAACUUUUCUCAUUUCGAGGCGAAAGUGUUUACUCCCCUGUUACCCGUUUGUGUGUGUGCUUGUUUGCGUGUAUUAGCUUCACUUUCUGCACCGCUACACCACAGGAGCAUGUUGCAGAAUAUAAUCACAUGGUAAUAGGAAGAAACUAACCAUUGUAUCUUCUCAGCGUUACAGUAAACAGAUACAGACUUUAUGUAAAAUCAUCCACAUAUUGAAGCAAGUUGGCAGAAAUAGUUUCUCAUUAAUGCAGUAAUGAGCUUUCUAUCUACUUCAGCUCAACCUGUUCGGACUGAAUCUUUGGAGGAGUCAGGUUUUAUUGGCAAUAAGAAAAAAGUUUAUGCUCGAACAUUAAUGCACACCGCAAGUUUGGGAAGAUGGGACUGCAGAGUUCACAUUACGAGUACUGUUUUUUUUUCCGGAGGAUAUUUUUAGACAUCCUCAAGGACUGUGAAAAAUAUGCAUAAUGUAAAAAUGAUACACAGCACAUCUGUAACCUGCUUUUUCACCCAUAAGCUCAUAUUUUGUUAAUUAAAUACUUUUAAAAACUCAGUUUAUAAAUAAAGAAAUGAAAGAGAAAGAAAAAGACAUUCAAAAAAUAAUAAAGCAAGUAAAAAAAAGGGGAGUAAUAAUGAACAUUUAAUGUAGAUCUACUCAGGCUAGUGAUGGCGGGACAUCUGGUUCUUCCUCUUUUCUCCGUAUUAAUGUCAGAGUUAUCAGCUGAAACAAUGGUUACCAUCUGUAUCUAUGAAACGCUGAGCCCCCCUGAGGACCCUUCCUGACAAAAUUUGAUGCAUGGCUGUCACAAAUGAACAUUAAAUGUAGUAAAUGGAUGUCUCUCUCCUGGUGUGAGUUCAGCAUUUUUCUUGAAUCCCAGCAGACGAGAUCUACAUACACACACACACACGCACAUUCUUAUCAAAUGUAUUUUUAACACAGUUUUAGCUACAGACACUUGCAUUAGCUAUCUAGCAAGUGUGUAAACAUGAUUUUAGAUUGUAUGCACAAAUCAGUGCAGAUAAAACCUUGCCUUUCCUCUCAGGGGGGCCUGACUGUCAGAUCAGGAGUCAUUAGGAUCAUCAAUAUUUGAUGCACUUUUUGGCUGGAGUCUGUUCACAUUCUGUAUAUCUGUAUAUUUUUCACAUAGCCAUUUCCUUUUACAGUUUUAAAUGGCGUGAAGAAGCACAAUUCAGCCACAGAAAACAGCCCAUUUUAAGGAAAAUUUCAAGCACUCAGAUGAGUUUAAUUCACUGAUGUUCACACAAGGGAUGUAAAAUUCUGUCCAACCAGAGUGACUUUCUGCUCAGGCUUGAAUACUAGUGACAGGAAGUCAGCAACACUUACACAGUGUAUUCAACAUCAGACCUAGGGUGGGGUCUGGGCCAGUCCACAUGCCUAUCUGAGUGGAUUUGCAUACAUUCAGAACAUGAUAACAAAUGACAAAAGGUAGUCUGAGUUCCUGAGCGAGACAGGUUUUAGAAGUAGGCAGUGUGCUUGCCAACGCUUCUGAUCGAUUGAUAUGUCAUUUCUAAAAGAACUCUAAUAUUGAUGUUAGAUAAUAGGUAUUCAAAGUGUUAGCAGCAGCAUAACCAAAUCAGCUGGAAGUAAAGUAUCACCAAAGUUAUGAGUGUGUCUGAUGACAGCGUUUCUGUUUAUGUUUCCCUCGAGUGUCUUUUCAUCUCUGUGAUAGACUCCAGUCCUCGGAUUAUUGCGUUUUGCCGGAUAAUUUCAUUAAGGUGGAUGUCUGAGACACUCUUUCAUCUUCCGAGCAGCUGCGUGUGUUUGUAACCUGAUGACAACGUGACGUCAAGCUGUUAUGCUAAUUAUGUUAAUAAGGCGUCAGAGUCUGUCAUUAGGGUGUAAUUGCCGGUGUGUGUGAAACGCUUACGCACAACCACACCUCCACCUCCUGCUUCAAAUACUAAUAUGUCAAGUCUAUUUUUAUUAUGGAUGAGUUUCAGAAAAUACCAUCUAGAAAUUCAGAUACUGUAAAAACUGCAUUCUUUAUGUAUGAAAGAUGUGACAUAACUCUAUUACCUGCUGUUGGAUUUGUGGUAUUAAGCUGAAUUUUGUGCAAAUCAAAACUCAACUCUCUCUCUUUCUGACUAACUUUAUGUUACGCGGUGUGUUUCAGAUUGAGUGGGAGGCCUCCUCGGAGCAAAAACUUCAGUGUAAGCUCAAGGGAAAAGACAAUAAGGUAGGCCUUUAGCCGUUGUUUCUCCCUCAGUCCUUCUCUUUUCAUCUUUUCCUGUCUGGUUCUCCUAUGAGAUAAAAUUCCCUAAACGUCGUAUCUUCUCCGACUUUCUCUUCCUUAUCCAGACGGAGUGUUUUAAUCACAUUCGCUUCCUCCAGAGGUUCAACUCCACUCAUCUCUACAUGUGUGGGACUUAUGCCUUCAGACCACUCUGUGCAUAUAUAGUAUGUCAACGCAGAAAACACUACAGUCAUCCCAGUGUUGCUCAUCAUAGUUUAUUUUCUCUACUCAUGGCAGAGAAGAUGCAGUCUUAAAAUAAAUGCUGCAUUUACGUCAUGAACCAUCUUGAACACUUUCUCUGUGUCCUGUACAGAACGAGGAGAAGUUCGUCAUGUCAUCUCAGCCUGAAGACGGCAAAGACAAAUGCCCCUAUGGGCCGACUAUGGGCUACACAGGCCUCAUCAUUGGUGAGCUCUCGGCAUUUUUCAGUCAGUCUAAGAGUUUUUCUAAAAAUGGUGUCUAACCUGGUGGUUGUCCUGCAGACCAGCAGAUGUAUACAGCCUCCCAGUACUGGUUCAGGGGCUUCCCAGAUAUUCGACGCAACUCUCCAUUCCCCACGCUGAAGACAGAGGAUGCCCCCACACGCUGGCUGAAUGGUGAGCAACAAGAAUUUUGAGCUUUUCUCUGUUACAGGGCUAACACUAACCCAACAACUCUUUGCUAAAGUAGGCAUCACAACUGAGCACUCGCCUCCCUACCACGACCUUUUCAAGCAGAGAACCCUCAAGAAGUCAAUUUGCCUUGUUUUUCUGAAUAAAGGCAUGCAGAGGGAAUAGUGGGAGAAGCCUCGUAGCUGUUUUUCGAGCAGCAGCGGUGGUAAUAGAGUCGAAUCAGGCUCAGUGUAAAUGAGGGAGCCUGCAGGACAGGCAGGGCUUUAUUGUGUGUUUGUGUUUAUGAGAGAGAGAGAUGCUGGCACUGCUGUUGUAAUGCCAGCAUGAUAUGUCAAAGCACACACUGGGAAAACUACAGUGCAGUGAUUACUCCGAUAAUUCCUCAUGCAAUACAACUUAGUUUACAGGCUGUUUUUAAAAACAACAAAGCAAAAAAAAAAAAAAAAAAAAACACUCCGGUGACAUUUUCACGCCUCUCAGGCAAUAAACGCUAAUAAACUUGAUGACCCUCCGGUUCUCGUGCAGUGACCUUAUGUUUGCAUAACAACGCUCUGCAACCAUCAGGCCUUUUUAAUUUUGUUAUUGAUCCAACUCCAGCAUAAUAUUAGUGUCCUAGUGUGCGAGUUCACAUUGGGCCACAUCAUAGCAGAAAUACACGAGGUAAACAUAGAAUGGGACACAAACAGCAGAAGUUUUACGUACUGUACACACAUAGACACACACACACAGCCAGACGGGUCACAGUGAUCACGUCUCGUCCCUAAAAUACCUCCUUUACUAUAAUUUUCACCGACUGUUAAUUAUGAUCACGCUGAGCCACUUUUUCUAAAUUCUCAUGUUAUGAAAUUUUAAGAUGUUUUAUUAUAAAAUAAUGCAAAUUAUAUUAAGAGCAAAAUCAAAAAUGCUCCCUGACUCAGUACAGAGGUUCUUUUCGAUUCACGACAGUCUGUGUAAUCUCAGAGGUGCUUGAUAAUUUACUGUACAAAAAGCUAAAAAGGUAUGAAGAGGAGAUGUUUCGCCAUUACUGGAGUUAAAUUCUGGAAUGAUGCCGACAUAAAUCUAAAAACAUGUCAUCCUUUUUUGGUUUUUAAGAAAAUGGUUUGUAAAGUUAUUUUUGAAGCUUAUUAGUGCGAUUAAUUAUCUGUUGUUUUGGUUUCUUUGCUUUUCUGGAGGUCGGUAGCCUUAAAAGUUGACAAUACAGGAUCAGCUUUUCUAAGCAGUCUGCCUCUGCCAUUUUCGGUCAAUAUUCAACACAUGAUUCUUGAUUUAGUGAUUUUGUGUGAAAUGUCAAUAUUGCGUACAAUAUUUGGUGUUGUCAUGACUGAAUAAAGGACUACUACAUGGAGAUGGGACGACCUGGUUCCAGCUUUUCACUUCACUUACUCCCUCACCUGCCAAUAUGAAAAGGCUCUUAGUGUAAUGUUCCUACUUUUGCUACCCCCUUGCAUAAACCCAAGCCAUUGUAAUAUUUUUGAUAUAUUACACUCUAUUCUGAACUGAAGUUACGACACGCCUGUCAACCUCAGCUCUAUUCUGAUGUUGCUCUAAUCUAAUCUUUUCACGCCAAAUUAGAUUAAAGGAGUAAACAUAUAACCCCCAAAACACUGGAGCAUGUUGACCCAGUUGCACUUGUUCGUUAUCACUAUUUGUGAUAACAGAGUUGGUGUUUUGACUGUCAUGCCUUUGACUUCAUUUAACAAGGAGAAGAGCCUCUCUGAUAAAGAUAAUAAUCUUUAUGGAUCUCACCUUUUACUGUUUUAAAGAGACUUCUCAGGUUGACAAGCACAACAACUAACCCCAGUGACCUACUUACUUGAUGAGCCUUUAUUGUUGUGUGCACUGAUUACUUCAUACGAGGCACAAAAAAAGAUUUUGUUGAUUCUGUCCUGUAGAAGAAAAACAGAUCGAGUCACUGCAUCUUUUUCUUCCCCCCUGCACAGAGGCAGACUUUGUUGGCUCUGCGCUGGUGAGGGAGAGUUCAGGCAGCAGCGCCGGCGACGAUGAUAAAAUCUACUUCUUCUUCACCGAGAAGAGCCAGGAGCAGACUACAACAUACAGCCACAGCAGGGUGGCGCGGGUGGCUCGGGUUUGUAAGGUGAGUUCGGUGUUAACAAAUAAAAGAUUCAGGGUCUGAUUUGCCGAGGCUUUAGUGAAGUCUGGGUUGAUGAUAGCUGAGGUGUUGUAAUAGAUGAGGGGCUGGAUGGAGGAUGCAUUUGUAACAAGGUCCCAGUGUGAUUAGAUGAGGCGACUGAUGAAUGUGCUGCAGAGCUGGUGUGGCUCUGGACGAGAAGGAUGGAUGACUGCCGGGGAGAAAUGUGCUGUUUAACAUCCUCUGCUGCCUUAAAUGUAAAUAAUUUGUAUCUCAUACUGUCAAUGAAGAGGUUAAAUAUGAUUAAAUGUAACCUUCAUUUUUAUCUCGUAGUCACCUUCUUGCUCUCUCCUGAGUCGACUUAAUAAACUCAAGAGUCCUCUCCUCCUACAUCUUAAUAGAAAUGCAUGGCAGCUGCAUGUACGACUUUCAUAAUUCGCCUCUGGCUGAAUACAUUUAAAAGUUUAAAUCAAAGGCUAAGAUGAUGCUUAAGAAUCGUGGCGUUGAACCAAGACCUUUCAUUGUCAUCCUGUCAGAAAAGUUUCUCUCUCCUGCACACACAAAUACACAAACAUUAACUUUGCUGUGAGGACCUAUGGGACGCCAUUACCUUAUUAAAGCCAUCAUUAUUGCUUUCCCCUGCCAUCUGUUGCUCUCUUUAGGAGGUUCAGUCCCUCUUGUGCGCCAACUUAAGCCCAGUCUUUAGUCUGUUUUGUCAUCCAUCCAGCUCUUACCUCAUGUGACCCCCCUCCCAGGCCUUACCUCAUUUGACCCUCUCUGCUCUCUCCUUCUCCUCUACCUCUCUGCCUUAGGGGGACCGAGGAGGCCAAUUUACCCUCCAGAAACGCUGGACGUCCUUCCUCAAAGCCAGGCUGACCUGCUCUCUGCCCGAUUAUGACUUUCACUUCAACAUGCUGCGGAGCAUGUUUGUGAUGCCCGGUCACACGCCGCAGGAAACGCUCUUCUACGGCAUCUUUGGCCUGGAGUGGUGAGUGGAGAAGUGUGCGUUUGUCAAGCUGUCAGCCUCACAGGGACUGAGAUGACGCUAAUGUAAAUGAGUGAGGGAAAAGAUGAAAGCAGGGCAAUCGAUUUGAUGAGGCAGCCAAAAAAAGACGAGAUAAAAGCGAGGAGAGCUUUUUAUAUGAACGAUGUGAAAAUGAGAAGUUUGUUGCAUGACUUUAACCGCAGUUUGAGGAGAUGUUAUUGAUUGAAAAUGUAGAUUUAGAAAAGCUUUAAAGAAGUUUUAAUCCUUGAGAUUUCAGCGCUAGUCGUUGAGGGACAUUCCUGGUUUGUAUGGAAGCGAGGUUUCUUUUUGUUCUGGCGCUUUUUUUUGCAGAACUGGAUGAAAAAACGCAGAAAAAACUUCUUGUGUCAGUUUUUAUAGGUCGGCUUUUGUUAGUUUCUGUCAGAGAAGUACACACUUCCUGAGGUUAUUUCUCAUUAAAAGUCAGCCUGCUGUUUGUGACAAUUAAAAUCAAGCCUAGCAGUGUAUUCACGCCCCAUACGAGGACGUUAGGGCUUAAGUGUCUGGCCUGUGUUUGCUUCCCGAGUUUGGCUCCUUUCCAGCAUGUAAUUCCCUAUUCUUGCUCUCUGUUUCCCACUCCGUCCAAAAAAAGGCAAAAAAGCCCCCAAAUAAAUCUUGAAAACGUGAUUUAAUUACAUAUUUAAAUACCAUAUCAUUUUAAAGUGUGAAUUUAUUCCAAAGCAAAAUAUUAUAAACAAGCAGAAAGACACAACAGCUCUUGGAGUUUUUUUCAAUCAUAUCUAGACAGUCACAAGCUUACAUUAUGCGGAGAUUAUGCUCUCACCACUCUGCUUAAAAAUGUGUGAGGGUUGGCCUUUGUCUUCCAUGGUCAUGACUGUUCCUGGGUUCAUAUCAGUACAACACAAGGACAUUCCCACAAGGUAAACACAACUGUGUGUAAGGAUAAUAUGCUGACGAGUAAGGCAACAGCAGAAAUCCUCUUAACAUGAACAACAGCAUUGUCAACCUGCUGCAGUCGCACAUCAUCUCACCCCUAAAGUUUAAGAUGGUAUUAAACUAGGGCGCUGACAGAAGUCCAGAUCAAACCUAGUGUGAGGUUGUUUGUGCGCACUCAUGCACACUUUCCAUACAAUGUAGGGAAACUUCUGAGAGCGCAGCGCUUUUGUAAAAGAGGCAAAUGGAUAACUUUAGCAUUUUUGUUCUGUUGGGAAACUCUGUCCUCUCCAUGUCUCUUACCUUAACUCCUACUACACCUCUCAGAAAAUCAUUUUGUAGCUCUCUUGUCCUUCCUCCCACUCUUCUCGAGAUGUAUUACUUUAUAUCACACUCAUACGAUCUCUGACAGCGCUCAUCCUCACCCUCCCCCGUACGUUCCUUUCUUCUUUUUAGCUAGGUAAGCCACUGAUCUACUGUACUUGUACUGCUGUCCCUAUGGCAACACGAGGUUUACUGCUGUUUGUAUUCCAGGCUGGUGCUCUGGUCUUUUUCUUACCUGGUGUGUGUGUGUGUGUCUGUGUGUGUGUGUUAUUGUCUUAAGGAAAAAUGUGAAGGCAUCUGCAGUGUGUCGUUACUCACUGUCCAAAGUCCAAGAGGCCUUUCAAGGACCCUACAUGGAGAACCAGGACUCUGGCUCUAAGUGGAAGGAAUACACUGGGAAGAUCCCAGACCCAAGACCUGGAACGGUAAACAAACGCACACGCACUUAUACACCCUACUGCUUUCUCUGUUACUUACACAUAAAAAAAUGUGUCCCUACUUUUCAUCCCCCGAUGGUUUACACCAGAAAAUCCCAGCAGAGAGAAAAUGAAAGCGAUCCAAAAUAAAAUACAUUAGGCAAAGAAGCGGAGGAAAAGAUGGAGGGAAAACGAUACUGUGUCAUUCUGAAGAAUGGGACUCGAAACACAACCAGCUUAUGUCGCUGAAACCCAUUUCCAUGGCGAUUAACUCCGGCCGGUAGCGUUCGGCGACAAUGGCUUAGCGUGGCAGCCGUGAUCUGGCAUCGUUAGCAGGAGCAGACAUCAUCCACUGUAGUGUCACUUCAACACUUUGUAGGACUUAAUUUUAAUGUAGGUUUUAAAAGGAAAGGAGAAACGGUCAAGAGUUUUAACUGCAGAGCGUGAAAGCCUCUUAGGAGAGCCGGCUGGAGUCAUUUGAAAGGGACAAAAAGGGAAGGAAAGAUGUUCCCUUAGUCAGGUGGAGAGAUAGCUGAGUUGCCCGCGUGUCAGCACAAGCCGUCUGCUGAGCCCACACACACACUCCUCGAUGUCCAAGUGAAAAGUUGCAUUUUGCACCGACUCAAUCUUCCACAGGCUUAAGUUUCCCUGCGGACCAUCUCACUAAGCCUCAUGACAUCCUCGCUUCCCUCCACUUCCCGCCUCUAUUUCCAGACAACUUUAUUACAAACGAUCCAAAAAUGUCUCUCUUACCCCCGCAGCACACAUCCUGCUUUGUAACUUGCUUAUCAUCCUUUCUCUCAUCGCUCUCUCCGAUUUCUUCUUCUCUUGCAGUGUAUAACCGACACGCUGAGGGCGAGGGGCAUAAACGUGUCCACCUCCCUGCCGGAUGAUGUGCUGGAUUUUGUCAGGAGGCAUCCUAUGAUGUCCCAGCAGGUCCAGCCCUCAGACAGACGUCCGCUGCUGUUCAGCAGGACCACAGACUACACACACAUGGCUGUGCACAUGAUAGAAGGCUUAGACGGACAAACAUACCAUCUAUUAUAUAUGGGCACAGGUGUGUAUGGAAGUAUGCCAAAUAUUAACUCUGUGAACCACUGAAGGAAUAGUUGGAAAUAUGUUUCACUUUUAGGACAGUACGCUCUUUGCCAAAGCCGUUUGCAUGAGGGAUUGGAGAAAAAAUCAAUACAGUAUAGUAUCACAAUAUUUUGUUUGGUGAUAUAUCAAAUCAUCUCAUUUAUCGAGUCUCGAAUUUUUCAAAUUAAUUGCUAAUAUAAAGUCAAAUCUAUGAUAAUGGAGAAAAUAAAAUCAAGUGUUUGUCCAGUGAUGUUGGCAGAGGUGACUUUUUGAGCAGGAGAAAGUUAGUUUAAUAAAUAUAUAUAUAAGGUUUGCAAGAUGUGCUUCAUGGAAAUAAAAUACUGUGUAAGUAAGACAAACAUAAACAGGAAAGACAAAUGCUAAAUUAGCUAAACAGUUGAAAAAAUUAUAUGAAUCGCAAUAUAUUGUAUCACACAAUGUUAAAAAUUAUGGUACCGUGGCUCAAGUAUCGUGAUAAUAUCGUAUCGUGGGGCCACUAGUGAUUCCUACCUCUAAUUUGCAUCCAAUCUUAGCUCAAAGACUGAAAAGAGGGAUCUGGCCCCUUCAAAAAAUUACGACACUUGAAAAAAUUUCUUUUAUGAGUGAUUAUCUUCUGUUUCCUUUUAUGAGUGAUCGCAAAGAGACUUUCUAAGCUGUUUUGUUUCCAUGGCUGGGCUACCUGCAACAAAUACUGGUGUUCCUAUUAGACAUACUUCUUAGUUCUCUAGGCAGCUUCAUUUCCACAUUUUGACAAUUUUUGAAAACGGGUGAAAAAACAUGGGAGGGAAGUGUUGCUCCAUCGGUUUUUUGAGGGGAGUUCAAUAUUUAUUUCAAAGCUACACCCAAGUCUGGUCCAGAUAGUUGUGAAACUUCCUUUUUUAAUGCUGAAACUUCCCUGCAUCUGGCUCGCCAAAGGUCAGUCCUGGGCUUCAUUUUUGCACAUUUCCUGUGUUGAAAACUUCUCAUUAGUUUUAUCUCCAGGGUACCUACACAAGUAUGGAAAUGACGGAAAAGUAUGGAAGUAAUUUGAUCAAUUUCCAGGUCUUAAAAAGUAUGGUAAAUGAAAAAUAAAGUAUGGAAAAAUAUUUAGGUUUUCAGACUAUUACCACAGUAAAACAAUACUAUUUUCUAAAAUAGAGAAGAAGUUUUUUCCAAUAAUAAUUCUAAAAAGUAGGGUAUGGUAAAGUAUGGAAAUUACAACUGUGUAGGAACCCUGUAUAUAAGAACUGGGCCUCUUCUACUGCGUGUUUGAACCACCAUGACUGCAUGAGUCCUCACAAAUUAAAAAGGCAAGAAAGGGUUUUGAAAAAGUUCAUCACAUUUGCAAAAGUCAAUAGUAAUAUGUCUUUGCAAUGUCAGCAGAAAAACAGUGACACUCAGUGUGCAGUUCAGGCUCCUUCAUGGUUGUGUUGUGCGAAGCUUUAAUCUUUCUCCUCUUUGUUUGUGUUGUGCAGAUGAAGGAUGGUUACACAAAGCAGUAGAAGUUAAGGGUCAGCUGCACAUCAUCGAGGAGCUUCAGGUCUUUGAGGAACCGCAACCUAUCAACAAUCUGCAGAUAUCUGCUGAACAGGUAGAAUGUCUUAACCGCACUUUCAAAUCCACACAGAUAUUCAAAUAGAAAUGACUAUUCUUCAGUGUUAAAAUCCUCUCCCUCUGUUGCGCACAGAUGAGUGUGUACGUGAGCUCCCCCUCAGGCGUGGCGCAGCUCCCCCUCUCUUAUUGCGCCAGAUACUCUACCUGCUACGACUGCAUCUUUUCCAGAGACCCUCACUGCGCCUGGAAUGGAAAGCAAUGUGUGGACAUCACGUCACAGGCAAAAACGUGGGUACUGACGGGUUUAUGUGUGUUUGUUAUUGGAUCAGGUGAUUAGAGCGCUGCAGGUGCCCUUUUGUGUGUUUGAUUUGACUAACUUUAAGUAACGCUGUGCCCUGUCACGGUGUUGACACCAUGAACUAUUGCAUAACCGCAGUGUUGGCAGAAACUUGAUGCUAGCUGUGAUAGUAAACAUAGCGUGCAGCUGUGUACUUAAAGUGUACUGAUUAAUCUGGAUAGAUCUGCUCACCGUGUAAAAACAUGUUAUGGAUGCAGCAACUGAAAUAAGAGACACUAAUACAGUGGUUCUCAAUCCAUCCUCGACACACCUGAUUCAAAUGAUCAGCUCGUUAUCAAGCUCUGUGCCGCUUAAUAACGAGCUGAUCAUUUGAAUCAGGUGUGUUGGAGCAGGGAAACAUCCAAAAAAUACAUGACAUCAAAAAUACACAAUAUUCCUUCUGUUAAAGCAACUAUGUGGUUCUUUUUGGCACACAUUUGCUUAUUGUUGUGUUUUCUUCACUUUACAGAUCUGCUUUAAUCCAAGAUAUCCAACACGGGAGGAGCGGAUGUGAGAACACUCAAGACGGUAAGAAGAAACCUCAUCAUGUGCAAGUGCGGCUGCUCCUAAAAAACGCAAUGAAUGAUAAAAGGCAGAUAGAAAACAGAGAACGUAAGGAGGAACUUAAAAGACGUACAGUUGUCAUCAGACGACACGAAGGCCUCUUUGAAAGUUGAUUAUGCGCACCGCGUUUGCAAAAUCCUCUUCUCCCCUCUUUAAUCACAUUUUUGCCAUCUCCGGAGAGAAAUCUGUUUGAUAUUCAAGUCAGGCUAAUGCCUCCUCUCAGUUCACUCUUUCAAUCUGAUAAAAUAUAGAAACUUCUGCCCCACACGUUCGUUUGCUUCUAUUCAAGGUGAUAUGAUUGCAGGGAUUUUAAUGGUAGAGAUAAUGCUUUAUUAACUUUGUGUAACCUUUGAUAAAUGAAGAGGAUGUCAAGCAAUUAACAUGCAAAAUAAGUCAGAGGCUAAGUUUUAGGUUCUCAUGUCAAGUAAUGUGAGAUCAUUGAGUGUGGUUCAAUGUGUGUGUUUCAGUUGUAAAUCGUCGCCGCUCUGUGCGUGUCGGCGAUGACGUGCUGCUGCAGUGUGAGCUCAGCUCCAACCUGGCGACUCCGCUCUGGACUCUGGAUGACAGCGAGCUGCAGGGCUACGGCCUCAACUCUGGCUUCAGAACCGGCACAGAUGGCCUGCUGAUCAUCGAGGCCCGGCAGGACCAGAGCGGACUCUACACCUGUUACGCCGUUGAGAACAGCGUCAAGAUCGCCAUAGUUACCUACAAUGUCACCAUUGGUCUGGACCUGCCACCGUCACCACCUGUUGAGCCAACUGAAGACUCCAACAGUCUCCUCCCCACUCUGCCGCCACCAACGCAGCAUCCUCGGUCUGAGAGGCCCGUCCCUCCAUCUGCAUCCUCUCUCCUCCCCCACUCAGAGCUGCUCACCCCCAGAAACAUGAAGGCCAUGUACUUGUCCCUCAUUACGAUCCUCGGAGGUCUGUGCAUGGUCCUCACUGUGGUCCUCGUCUACGUCGGCUUCUGCCUGCGGGUUGGAAACAGAGGGAAGUACUCCCUACGUGCUGCAGCUGCCGCCUACCCCACCAAGAGGCACAAUCGAAACAGGAAACAAAGCAGAAACUCCGCACACAUGGAGCUGAAGACGAUCUCCAGUCACUGCAAUGGCAACGGGGUUUGUAACGGAGUUUCAAAGAAGCACAACGGGGACUUCCAGGAGGGAGGCUUCCUCCAAAUCGUCCCAGGUGAGGGUCACACAUUGCCCAACAAAGAGCCUCCUCCUCCAGCCCCUCCUCUGCCUCCAACUCCCCUCCUUCCCUCUCCAGAGUGCGAGUUCCCAAACGGGCUGUCGGCCACGCUGCCCAGCGUCCUGAGGAGGAUGAACGGCAACAGCUACGUGCUGCUGAGGCAAAGCGACUCUGAAAACACGUCACCACUUUGUUACUCCUUCUCUGAGGAGCUUAACAAGAUCUUAGAGAAGAGGAAACACACUCAGCUGCUGCCAAGGCCAGACGAGAGCUCUGUGUAGACUUGUAUAGCUCCCCCUGUGGUGGGAGGACUGUUGUGUUUUUACCUGGUGCUGAAGUGCCUGGCAUAUGACUCAUAUUUGCUCAGACUGAAGCAACAAGAGUUUUAUCUACAUUCUUUCUUUUGGAUUUUUUUAACAGUCAACAAGGAGACAUUCCAGCUCACUCAGACUUUGACCUGUUUGUUAUUGAUCACUCACAAAUUUUGCAACCGCUUACAAGAGAGGAUUUAUAAUUCCAGCAAAUCAAGGAUCAAGAAUAAACAUCUACCUCAUCUCGGUACUACUCUGAAGGACACGCACAUUGAGUCCAGUCUCAUCUGCAGAAACAUCUCUGAUCUACAAAGCUCAAAGACGGACCCACGGCCUCUGACAAAGAGCAGAGCCCCACAGGAAUAUAAAUACAUGUGAAGACUUCUGCUGAGAGGCGGCCAUAUUUGGCUGGAUUUCAAAUGGAGGGCAGCUAGCCAAAGUUUGUUUGCACUAACAAGUGCACAGAUGGCCUAUGCAUUUUUAAACCAUGACAUUCACACUUUAUAAAUAUUGAGGGAGACGGACACGGCGACCGAGGGGAUUUGGUUGGCGAUGAUUUUUUUUUUUAACUGGCUCAACCAAAUGACAUAAAAAACACUAAUCCAUGACAGCACAUUAAACUCAAAACCAGCCUUCAUUGAGAAAUUUGAACUAAUAAUUUAAUAAUUUUUUAAGGUCUAACGUUGUUUUGGAUGAACCUUAGUGUUAAAAAAUGGUAAGAAAAAAUAAAUAUAUGUACCUGUAACCUUUGACUGCCAUUUCUAACAUUUAUGGGUUCAGCUCAUAGUAGAGGGUAUCGCUUAAAAACGGCCUUAUGAAGGCUUAUGUUUGCUUCUAUUUAUGUGUUUCAGAUAAACGGCCAUUUAACAUAAUGUGAAUUCAUUUAACAUGUUAUCACAAUUUUCCAAAACUAAACAGAUAAAGAAAUAGUGUAAAGUAACUUUUGCACUACAUAAGAAAUAUGAAGUAGUGAUUAUUUUGCCACGAGGUCGAUGACAACCUGAAAAAAAAGACAGUAUUAUUUAUUGAAAUGCACUUUUCAGUCCACUUUUAGAGCUCCUGGGGGAGUUAAUGGACACUCGUUCAGACCUUGACUCGGGGCGCAGAAGGAGCAGGAGGAGCUUUUUUUUUUUAUCGUCUGUCUCUCAGUUUGAAGAGCUGCAUGCGUCUGCUGGACUUUGUUUGACACGAGUGGAUUAGGAGGAAACAUUGACUGUUUCAGAUGAGCCCAAACCUGCUGCCGACAGAGAGGCAACCAGCAGGAGAGUCGAACACAAAGUGCAGGACUGUGAGGAAAAGCAAAGAGGAGCCAAAACAAUCCAAGGUACAGAAUGUUUUUAUCUCCCUACACUUCUUUUGCCAAACAAGCACUUACAGAAAUGGACCCUAAUGUAGGUGCAUUUGGCACCGGACCAAUGUUUUUAAGACAUGACGGCUUAAAAUGCUUAAUGUACAAUGUUACCUUACAGUUUAAUAGAUUUGAAUUCAUUUGUAUGCCGACAGCUCGUUUAUCCGACAGUGCGGCGGUUCUUUAAUAUGUUGUACAAGUUUGAGUUCAAAGGUGACCGAAUUAAAAUGUCUGCGACGGUCUGAUUCACAGAUGAACACAACCACUUAACAAUCUGACAGCAUAUCUUAUUAAUAAGAGGAAUCCAAGCAUGAAGGACAUUGGUGCAUAAAUAAAGAGCUACAUUUCUAUAAAUCAGUCCGACUCCCAGGUUCUGAGCAAAUACUUGAGCAGCCUUAUCUUUCCAAAAAACGAGAAAAGUCUGGUUCCUGAAUAUCAGGCUGUUUAUUUUCCUUCAGCGUGUCCUCUCGCUGUUGUCCUCCUGUCAGAGGGCAGUGUUAAUUAAACACCCAUCUUAUGACAAGUCUGACCUUAUUGCUGACGGCAGGAGAGACAGACAGACCGAGUUAAAGAUCUCCUCCGAGAUCCAGAGCAUAAAACACUCUCAAGCUCCCAAUUAUUUUCUCAUGACCUCAGGCGCAGUCUGGGGUUUUGUAUUCUAUCGCUGCAUGUCACAAAAGAAGCUGUCAGGAAUACUAUGUGUGCUUAUAUGCUCACAAGGCAAAGCAGCUUAUAUGUUUCCAUAGGCGGUUCUAUGGCACUCGUGCAUAGAUUGUAUCUAACAAGCCAGCAGUGUAAGGACGCUCCUGCUGAUGCGGGUUUUUGCAAAGCACAACACUUGAAGCUCUGCAGUCAGUGGCACUGAUCAAAGAGAUGAAAGAAGACGGACGUGGCUUCACGACGAGCACAUUAAAAAUAUUCAUUAUUGCCCUUAGACCUCAUUACAAAGCAGAGCGCAAAAUGAAAUCAAGUUUCUUAUUCCAUAUUCCUGACAGCGCCUCCGAUCAGCGUCGGUUAAUUGUAAAAAUGUCGAGCGUUGUUUGCUUUCGUGAUAACAUACUGCCGACUCCUAAUGCAGGAUUAAUGUCUUUGUUUCUCCGCCUCUUUUGUUUGCAGGUCUGAUGAGCAUGGGUCAGUUCCUUAAUUUCAUUCCUGAGGACACCAACUCCCAACCAGCCUCAGAUGCCACAGCCUGCUGCAAAGAUGCUCUUUUAAUGAGCAGUCAAAUGAAAUCCACCAUCAUUAGCGGACAGCUGAGUCAGAAGAGAAAGAGCGGCUGGAUAAGGGCUACAGCAUGAAAGUCUCUGCACCUACAGCCCCGCUCACUCACAGUUGGAAUAAAAAUUGUCGACUGCAGUAACUCACAGCGCAAUACUUUUCUCUUUGAGUGUUCUCGCCUCGGUGCGAACUCUUUUGACCAAAACUACAGACUCGGACUCUCCUAUCACACCUGCUGCAUGGAUUAUUUUCAACUCUUCCCUCUCUCUUUCCUAAAGUUAAGAAAACAAAGACAACUCUCCUUAAUUUUAACAUUAAAAGUGCCAAGGUUGAUGUUCAAAGCCCUUCUUCAUGCAAAAACCAGAUGGGAAACGUUGAGUGAGGCUUAUUUAUUUUUAAAACCUUGUACAUUAUGUUGUUGUUGGAAGUUAUUGUCUAUGUUGUUGUUUUUAAGAGCCACUUGUAAAUCACCUCCCCGGUGUUCAAGUUGCCUGUGUUGCACAAAAUGUGAUUAAUAGGAGCACGGUAGCCGAGAGCAUGCAAAGGCUGUACCAGCACAUCAUCCAAUAUGUAUAACCUAGAGGAAAAUUACACCAGUUAAUCUUUUAACUAUAACCUCUUUAAAAUGCAUCAUUAAGCUUUUCUGUCGCUUUAAUGCCCACAUAUUUCUAUUUGCAUGUUACACCCAGUUUGUGCACAAAGCAGAUCUUUUACUAAACAAACAAGAGAAUAACAGGGCAGUGAGUUCCUUCACAUUUCAAAGAGUUCAAAUAAAACUUUGUACUUAAACCUUC